GGGACACGCCCGUGCCGCCUUUCCUUCUGGGUGAUAACGAGGCGCCUGUGCUGGCGGCGCCGCCCAACGACUCUCCCGUCCUGUUCCGUCCCGACUUCGAGCACGCGGUGUCCCUGAGCGAGCACCGCACGCUGGGCGGCCCCGCCUUCCACCAUCACCACCUGACGGCAGACCCCUGGCCCGUCCGCGGCAGUCGCUUCGAGGACCAGGGCUUCGGGGACCUGUCGCGGCGGGACCACGCGGCGCUCAGCGAUUCCCUGCAGGAGCAGUCUGUCUUCCCCGAACCCAACACGCCCCUGGACGAGGCCGUGGCCGCCAAGAACCUCGCCAACGCCGCCCUCACGCCCCCCACGCCCGGCACGGGGACCGCAAGCCCCGCACGGAGCGCAAGCCGGAGGUGCGUGCCAGCGGGGAGGAGGAGGAGGACGCGCCGGGUCUCAGGGGUGACCUGGUGUACCUCGACAACUUCCAAUACCCACCGCCCCCCGCCCCCCACAACCCCUUCGACGCCACCUUCAAGGAGGCGCUGGACGCCCCGCCGCGCCGCUUCAGGUUCAGAAAGGAAGCCGACGGGGAGGUGAACGGCACUCAUGAGAUUGAUGUGUGUGAGCUGGUUCCUGAGGGUCACGAGAAGGCAGACCCCAGCCAGUUUGAACUCCUAAAGGUCCUCGGCCAGGGAUCCUUCGGCAAGGUGUUUCUGGUGCGCAAGAUCAGCGGACAGGAUGCAGGAACACUGUAUGCCAUGAAGGUGCUGAAGAAGGCCACACUCAAGGUGCGGGACAGACUGAGAACCAAGAUGGAGCGCGACAUCCUGGCAGACGUAAACCAUCCAUUCGUGGUGAAGCUGCACUAUGCGUUCCAGACUGAAGGAAAACUCUACCUCAUCCUGGACUUCCUGCGGGGUGGUGAUCUCUUCACUCGCCUGUCAAAAGAGAUCAUGUUCACAGAGGAGGAUGUGAAGUUUUACCUGGCGGAGUUGGCGCUGGCCCUGGAUCACCUGCACACAGUUGGGGUCAUCUACAGGGAUCUCAAGCCAGAAAAUAUCCUCCUGGACGCCGACGGUCACAUCUCCCUCACUGACUUUGGGCUGUGCAAGGAGGCGUUGGAUGACCAGAAGGCAUACAGCUUCUGCGGCACUGUGGAGUACAUGGCACCAGAAGUGGUGAACCGCCGCGGCCACAACACUGCGGCUGAUUGGUGGUCCUUUGGGGUGCUGCUGUUUGAGAUGCUGACAGGGACUCUGCCGUUCCAAGGAGCAAACAGGAAAGAGACAAUGAAUCUAAUCCUUAAGGCCAAGCUUGGAAUGCCUCCUUACCUCAGCCCAGAAGCACAGUCCCUCCUGCGUGCACUCUUCAAAAGGAACCCAGCAAACAGACUUGGUGCAGGGCCAGAGGGAGUGGAGGAGCUGAAGCGUCACCCAUUCUUUUCCUCCAUUGACUGGAACAAACUGUACAGCAAGGAGAUCGAGCCGCCCUUCAAGCCGGCCGUGUCUAAGGCUGACGACACCUUCUACUUUGACCAGGAGUUUACCACACGCACCCCCAGAGAUUCACCAGGAGUGCCACCAAGUGCCAAUGCCCACCAGAUGUUCAAGGGGUUCAGUUUUGUGGCACCCUUCCUGCUGUCUGAGCAGCUGGACGGGGUGGAGAUGAUGCAGUCACACUCCACAGAGAAAGUCCCGGCACUCAGCAAGAGACUAUCGGGGGUGAAGCCAAACAGCAUACAUGACGAGUAUGACCUGUGUGAGGAGGUGGGCCGCGGCAGCUACAGUGUGUGCCGUCGCUGCGUCCACAAGGCCACCCGUCAGGAGUAUGCCGUCAAGGUCAUCCCAAAGAAGACCAGAGAUUGUCAGGAGGAAAUAGAGAUUCUCUACCGCUACGGACAUCACACCAACAUUAUUUCAUUAAGAGAUGUAUACGAAGACGACUCGCACGUGUACCUGGUGAUGGAGCUCAUGAAGGGCAGGGAGCUGUUCGACAAGAUUCUACGUCAAAAAUUCUUCUCUGAGCGGGAGGCGUCGGCUGUGCUGCUCACCCUCUCCCACGCCGUCCAGUACCUCCACCAGAACGGGGUUGUCCAUCGAGACCUCAAACCGUCAAAUAUCAUGUAUGCAGACAUCUCUGGCAGUCCGGAUUCACUAAGGAUAUGUGACUUCGGGUUUGCCAAGCAGCUGAGGGCCGAGAAUGGGUUGCUCAUGACACCCUGCUACACGGCCAACUUUGUGGCUCCCGAGGUGUUGAAACGGCAGGGUUACGACGCAGCCUGUGACAUUUGGAGCCUCGGUGUCCUUCUCUACACCAUGCUGGCUGGACACACGCCGUUCGCCCAGGGCCCCAACGAUACCCCCGAGGACAUCCUGCAGCGAAUCGGGGAGGGAAAAUUCACCUUAGACUCUGGCAACUGGGUGUCCGUCUCCCCAGCAGCCAAGGAGUUGGUGAAACAGAUGCUUCACCUGGACCCUAACCAGAGGCUGACGGCGGCCCAGGUGGCGAGUCACCCGUGGCUGCUGCACCGCGAGAGCCUCCCCAACCUGCGCCUCCUGCUGCAGGACGCCUCUCUUGUGAAGGGCGCCAUCACAGCCACCUACAGAGCCAUCAACCACAGCCCCCGCGCCCCCAACCUGGGCCCAGUCGCCGCCUCCGCCCUGGCUCGCCGCCGCGGGAAGUCGCGCCCAAAGUCCUCCACGGAGGUCUGACAUACGGCCGAGAGCCACCGCUCCAAGACGCCCCUUCUGAGUGACGACGGCGAGGUGCCCCCCAUCUCCCCGCCGCCACAGUGGGCCGACCCCCCCACCUGGCCCUCUCACUGCACCAGGACCAGCCGCCCUCGCCCGCCGCCGCCGCCUCCGCCGCUGCCGCCGCCGCCAGCCUGCCGCAGGACGCCAUCCCCAUUUCCUUCAACCCUAAAAUCGUGAGUCCCACCACGGAGGCGCCGCAGAUUCCCACCUCCACGGCGACUCAGCGCGUGGAGGAGGCGCCCGCCGGCUCCCCCACGCAGAAACAGCAGCAGCAGCAGCAGCAGCAGCAGCAGCAGCAGGGCAGGACUGGCAGCAAGUCACGCCGCCGCUCUCACCGUCGCCAGCGUCGCCGCCGCCGCACCGCCUCGGCCGCGUCAUGAGCUGGUCCCUGCGCGGCGCGGCGUGGCUCAGGCGCCUCUCUCUGGGUCAGUCGCAAUUGUUAGGCGUGGACGGGGGCUGUAUUCCCUCGCGCCACGCCCCCUAGUGUUCAAAACAAGCAGCAACGUGUUCUGUUCAGCGCGGGGCGGAAGUGUCGCCGCCCCGCCGUAAUGUAAGGCAACAAUCAAAUAGUAAUGAACAGUCGGGGUCACUCCACCUUCAGGGAGCUGCGUGACCCCACAGGUCAGGUCACGUUAGGGCCGUGACCUCAGAUAAACCUGGGUGCUGAGUGUACGCCGGGAAGAGGGGGAGGGGCGCCCGUAUUAUGUAUUAGGGAGGGCGUGGGGGGCAGGGACAGUGUGGGUUAGGCGCCCGUCAAGCAUAAUGGUAGUCCGCCACACUCCGCCUGGUGUGUGUGUGUGUGUGUGUGUGUGUGUGUGUGUGUGUGUGUGUGUGUGUGUGUGUGUGUGUGUGUGUGUGUGUGUGCACGCAACUGAAUGAGUCACAACACACACACACACACACACACAAGACAGUUGGCCAAGAGAGGAACUUACGUACAGGGAAAAAGUAAAAAAAAAUACAAAAAAGUAAUAAAAAAUGUGAAAAUCCAAAACUCAUGAGAGGCGACUGUCUGUGUGUGUGUGUGUGUGUGUGUGUGUGUGUCAAAUCUCAUUGUUACCUUUCACCGUGCUAACAUUUCAACUUUUCCUCUUUUCUUUCCAUUUAUUUUACCAUCUAGAUAUUUUUUUUUCUAUCUAUUUUAUCAACUAGACACAUUUUCUUUUUUUAUUUACAUUUUAGUGUUGGUAAUUUUGUGAUCCCUUUGAGAGGGCAGAGAAAUUGUUGUUGUGUUUGGGUUAGGCGAUGCGCGCUCCAUCUGUGUGUGUGUGUGUGUGUGUGUGUGUGUGUGUGUGUGUGUGUGUGUGUGUGUGUGUGAGGGGCGAGAGGCGGGAGUUGAAAUGUUCUAUAUAACAAAAUAAUGUUCCUUGUUAGUAUUUAACCUUUUCUCAAUAUCUUCUGGGGCGACCUUACCGUGUUCUUCCUGUUAUUUUGUACGUUCUGUUCCAGUUAUGCCAGGAAACUGUGUUAAAAUGAGUACACACACACACACACACACACACACACACACACACACACACACACACACACACACACACACCUUAUCUCAUCAUUCCCACAUUCUCAUCUCAAGCAACAGAUACAAGUGAACAAGAAGAACAGGAAUAUCAGAACACAACACGACAUAAGGAAGAAAACAAAGAAAAAAACAGACUUACCUCCGGACAGACAAAGAUUACAAACAAAACAAAGAAACGAAGAAAGAAACAUAAUAAACUAGACAGUUAUAAUGAUGAUGACAAGGAAACAGUAGGAAGGAAAGAAGGAAGGAGGGAAAGAAGGAAGGCCAGGUGAUAAUGACAGGUUAAUUACGCCGCAUCACAUCGCCAGGUAUGAAAUAAUGACAUAGGUACUAGGCAGUUAAUUACAAAGGUGAUGUUCUGACAGGUAGAUCUUGUAUAUAUUGUAACCUCGAGAGAUCCGAAGGUCACCCGUAAUGCAAACAAAUAAAGGAAGUUAGACCAAAUAGAGCAAAUAUUUAUAACAUGCAUUCAACUGUUAUGAAUGAGUAGUUAGAGGGAGGGAGGGAGGGAGGGAGGGGGAUGUAUACUCGGGUGUCCCUCCCUUCUCUCCUCCCACCCUCCCUCUUCGUACAGUACCUCCCUCCCCCUCACUCUGGUUGUUCGAGAGGAGGAGAGGGGCGGGGGGGUGUUAAGGGGAAGAGGGGGUGGGCAUUCCUUUUACAGUGGCCAAAUAUGUAGUUGAUUAAUUACCAUGUUGUUAGGUGUGUUAUGUUAGAGAGAGAGAGAGAGAGAGAGAGUGUGUGUGUGUGUGUGUGUGUGUGUGUGUGUGUGUGAGAGAGAGUUAAGUGGCAUUGCAUCUUUGGGUGAAUCAGUGAAGUAGAUAUUUUGUGAUGCAUGUGAGAGAGAGAGAGAGAGAGAGAGAGAGAGAGAGAGAGAGAGAGAGAGAGAGGUACCGUCCAGGGUACGUCAGGUUCAACAUUAUGAAUUUAAAGGGAACGGAACCUUUUUACAAGUCUCACCUGAAGUCACACCUCUACCCCCCUUCCCUCCCUUCCUCCCUCCCUCCCCCUUCCCUCUCCCUCCCCCUCCCCCCUGCCGGUUCCACUUACUUGCUGUGAAUAAUUCUGAAAUUAAUUUUUACUGUUGCUAUUUAAAUGUAUUCUUUAAGUUCUACGAGUAUAUGAUAAUAAACAUCAUUCUUACAUGCAA